AUGAUUCAACAUCAACGAAAAACGACACACCUGCUCCAACUUACACACAUGAGCUUGCAACACUUAAAAAUACAGCUUCAAGCUGAAAAAGAAAAAGGGGACCUGAGAGAUGAAACCAUUGCGAUUCUGAAAACUGAUAAACAGUUCCUCCAAGAAGAGUUGGUAAAGAAAGAUAGCUUUAUCAGGGAACUGAUAAAGAAAAACGAAGAAAAGAAACCAGGCCUAAAAGCAUCAAAGAAAUCUCCACGGAUUGCCAUUUCUAGUUCAGAGGAGGUCAUUGAUUCUGAUGAGUCUUCAAGCCUUUCAGACUCCUCCCUUGAAGAGGUCAAGGUGAAGAAGAGAAAACACAAGCACAAAAAAAUAGCACUACCUCUAGCUGAUGCUAUUGGACACAACCGUGUACGCAUGAGGAACACCAGAGGCAUCAUUCGCAGAUACCUUGACACUCUAGAAGCCUUCAAGAAGGUGAAAUCCAUGAAAGCUGCAUUUGAUGCUAUUGGAGUGGACAGAAACACAAUUGCAAGAACUGCAAUUAUUGCAGAGCUGCAUCUGGCUGCACCUGAUGUUUUGAAGACCAUGGGCCAGUGGAACGACAAAACAGAGACACUGAGCAGAUUUAUUGGUAAAUGUCAUUCUGCACUGACCACUGAAAUUAAAGAAAAAAUUACUCAAAUGAAAGCAGAUGGAGAUCUGUUGCCUAUUGCUUGAUUUAUUUGUAAACUUAAACUGUCCUGUUGUGUAGAAAUGGACAGGUUUUGAAACUUCCUUUAGGAGAUGUAAACAGGGCUGCCUGGGUUAUGUCAUUAGAGUGGCCUGUUCAUUUGUUUGGCUUCACUCAUGUCUUUUGCUUAGCUAAGCAUUUUGUGACUUUGCAUAUUCUCAUAAGACAAAUCAGAGAGUUAGAAAAAUAGUUUACAGUUCUGUUGUUUAGCCUUUAGGUGAGCUGUUACUUUGUUUCUAUUUGAGUGUUUCCUAUUAGGUUAAUGCGAACUUCAGUGUGACCUACGUAGAGUUAGCUUACUGGAAAGCCUUGACAUUUUAAACAAUACAGUAUUGUUUUGUUGAUUUUUGUGCACAUUUUAUGUUACAUGUACUGCAAUAUAAAUGUUCACAGCUAAUAAAAAAUUAAGUUCAAAGCAAAUGUGUCAUAACCCAUUCAUGAUAUCUUAUGGAUGUUUAAAAGAAUACCUAACAUUUCUCACUUUACUUAAAGCAGACAAGGACCACUUAUAAAUAUUAAUACCACGUUAUAAAGCUUUUUAGAUGUUUAAAAGAAGACUUUGUUUUCAUCACUUUACUUUAAGCAGUUAAAGACCACUCAUAAUAUGUUCAUUGUGUGUUAUAAGUCAUCACACUCUUCGUUACACUAAAUAUUUAUAGGCACAAAUAGGUAAGUAUUAUGAUGCAUUGUAACUGUUUUUAUGAUUAUUUAUCAGAUGAUACGACACGUUAUAAUGUUGUUUAUAAGGCAUUAUGCAUGCAUAAUAAUGCAUUAAGAAUACCCUUAUGAUGUCUUAUAAAUGCAGGCUUCAUCUGGUGUUAUAAUGCAUUGUUCUCAUAAAAGUUAUAAGCACAAAUAGGUAAGUAUUAUAAUGUAUUGUAACUGUUGUUAUGAUUAUUUAUAAGAUGAUAUAACAUAUUAUAAUGUUGUUUAUAAGACAUUAUACAUGUAUUAUAAUGCAUUAAGAAUGCCCUU